CCAGCCCGUCCGCGCGGCGCCCACCUGCCGCCCCGACGGGAGCCUUGCGGCCGCUGCCCGGGGCGGGCGCCCACGGCACCAUGAGCCCCCGUUCGUGCCUGCGGUCGCUGCGACUCCUCGUCUUCGCCGUGUUCUCGGCCGCCGCGAGCAACUGGCUGUACCUGGCCAAGCUGUCAUCGGUGGGCAGCAUCUCCGAAGAGGAAACGUGCGAGAAGCUCAAAGGCCUGAUCCAGAGGCAGGUGCAGAUGUGCAAACGGAACCUCGAGGUGAUGGACUCAGUGCGCCGUGGCGCCCAGCUGGCCAUUGAGGAGUGCCAAUACCAGUUCCGGAACCGGCGCUGGAACUGUUCCACACUGGACUCCCUGCCUGUCUUCGGGAAGGUGGUGACACAAGGGACCCGGGAGGCGGCCUUUGUAUACGCCAUCUCUUCAGCAGGUGUGGCCUUUGCAGUGACAAGAGCAUGCAGCAGUGGAGAGCUGGAGAAGUGUGGCUGUGACCGGACAGUACACGGGGUCAGCCCACAGGGUUUCCAGUGGUCAGGAUGCUCGGACAACAUCGCCUAUGGCGUAGCCUUCUCACAGUCCUUUGUAGACGUCCGAGAGAGAAGCAAGGGGGCCUCCUCCAGCCGGGCACUCAUGAACCUUCACAACAACGAGGCUGGCAGGAAGGCCAUCCUGACACACAUGCGUGUGGAGUGCAAGUGCCAUGGGGUGUCAGGCUCCUGCGAGGUAAAGACAUGCUGGCGAGCGGUACCGCCCUUCCGUCAGGUUGGCCACGCACUAAAGGAGAAGUUUGACGGCGCCACGGAGGUGGAGCCACGGCGCGUAGGCUCCUCCCGGGCACUGGUACCGCGAAACGCGCAGUUCAAGCCACAUACGGAUGAGGACCUGGUGUACCUGGAGCCAAGUCCAGACUUCUGUGAGCAGGACAUGCGCAGCGGCGUGCUAGGCACGAGGGGCCGCACUUGCAACAAGACGUCUAAGGCCAUUGACGGCUGCGAGCUACUGUGCUGUGGCCGCGGCUUCCACACAGCGCACGUGGAGCUGGCUGAGCGCUGCGGCUGCAGGUUCCACUGGUGCUGCUUCGUCAAGUGCCGGCAGUGCCAGCGGCUCGUGGAGAUGCACACGUGCCGGUGACCGUGCCCACCUGUGCCCAGGACCACCUGCGUGGCCCGGGGAAGGCCAAUAACUUAAACAGUCUCCCGCCACCUACCCCAAAAGAUACUGGUUGUAUUUUUUGUUUUGGUUUGGUUUUUGGGUCCUCAAGUUAUUUAUUGCCAAAAAAAAAAAAA